AUGCCCAACCGAUGGCGUGCCAGAGCGACCGAAGCGGAUCCCGAAAUUCUGGAUUUUCUCAGUAAAAUUCCAGCUGGUUGGAGGUUUGCGCCGACCGACGAGGAGCUCGUGUUUCUCUACUUGAAACCGAAGAUCGAGCUUCAGCCCUUGCCUAUGCACAUGAUUAUGGACGUUAACAUCUACAACCAUCAUCCCGAAACACUCUCAGCGGAAUACGAAAAGUUUAACGACGGAGAGUGGUACUUCUUUACGCCGAGAGACAAGAAGUAUCCGAAAACUUACCGCCCGAACCGAAAGGCGAUCGGAGGAUUUUGGAAGGCGUCGGGAAAAUAUGCUGGGGUCUAUCUUGACGGGCGGGAGAUUGGCAAGAAGAGAUUGAUGGUUUUCUACAACGGAAAUCAUCCGAACAGCAAGAAAACCGACUGGCUGAUGAAAGAAUACUGCUGCACAGUUGCUACUCCUCCUCCUCGCCAGGAAACCGAUCAAGAAAAUGACAUGCAGGUCCGUGUUUUGAUCAAGAAAAUGUGA